GCAACGCCAAGCGGAUGCUUCACAUUUAAACAUCCAGUUAAAUAUUUGUCUCAUUGUUCUAUGUGUGAUGUCACCUGCAUAUUGUUUUUUAAAUCAGCUUUUUACGUGCGUUUUUGAGAUUUGCUGUCGAAAAUAAACCAAAUAUUUUCUAAAACAUUGUACAACAUACUGUAGGUCUACUUGUUUGACUACAGCAGCACCUCUUUAGGGCAGUUUAGGAAGCGUCUGCGUUGCGUCUCUGCACUCGUGCAGGGCCUGCGCACGCUGUUACACGUCAGCACAAUUGCCAGCAGCGAAUCCCUGCCCAGAGCUGCGCAGCAGCGUUGCGCAGACCUGCUUGGUAAAAAUCGCAGCCAUUUCUCUUCAUCUUGUUGUAAAGCCACAGGUCCGAGAAUGCAAAUACUAUAAUAGUGGCUGAUGUUGGAGUUUAUAGGCGAAUUUCUUUAUAUCUAAUUGAAAGACUUAAACUUUUUCCUUCUCAUGAGCAUUGAGAGAAACAGCCACAUAGGCAGCCUAUUUAGACGGAGUCGAGCGAUUCCAUAGCCAAGAAAGUGCGGUUGGUAGACGCGGUAAUGUCAUUGAAUAUCACUGUGAAAAGUGAAGACUCUGAGUCCUUUGACGAAGAAGACGAAUCAUCUUCGCUGCUUUCAGGCAAAAGAGGCUCCGAGUCUGCAGCUCGUCAUGAUAUUUCUCCGGGAGAAGGCGGUCCAAUAGAAGACCAUGCAGGGUAUUCAACACAGCAUGGGCGGCUAGCAACUAAAACGACCAGCAAACCAAUCGUACUGUAUCCUGUGAGUGCUGACCGUUUCUUUUCCUCUACUUCUGCAGAUGGCAAAACCAUCUUAAAGAUUGCUCCAGCCCCAGUCAUGACCCGGCCGACUCCUCAGCCUCCUCCCCAGGUGUCCCCAGAGUUCUCCUACCAGGCUAUCGUGUACCUGAUUGAAGCAGUGGGGCGCCGGUGGAGCCUGUAUGGGACGCGGGAGCGCUCGCAGCUCUUCCAGAGCGUGCAGAAGGAGCUGGAGGAGCAGGGUCACUGUCUGCCCGUUGAGAAGAUCCGCCGCAAGUGGAACAACUUGAUCGUCACCUAUAAGAGGGUCAAAUACAGAGGCAGGGAGACCGGCCAGGCCAGAACCUCCUGGGAGUACUUUGAGAUGAUGGAUGCCAUGCUUGGUGACACCAUCGGUGCCGAGACCACUAGCAGCCCUACCCUAGUAACCAGCAUCCCUAAGGUGAACGUCGCCACGGAAACCGCCAAAACAGAGCAGAAGCCCCUCCUCCUUCCCCAUGGCAACCUCAUCACUACCUGCACUCGGACGCUCACCCUUGUCCCCUCCUCCCUCCCACUCCACACGCCAGUUCCCUCCACCCUCCCUCUCUACACCUUUGUCAGAUCCCUACCUCCCCCCACCCCCGUCCGCUCCUCCCUCCCUCUCCCCACCCCCUUGGACACGCCCUCCCCCAGGAUAGCUAAUAACACAGACCCUCUACAGCCAAACCCCUCCCCUGCUCCGGCCGCACAGCCCGCUGCCUCCUGUCACAUCCCCUCCGACCUCAGCCGCGUGCACCUUAGCAGAAAGAAGCGCCGUCGCUUCUCCUCCUCCAAGGGCUCCUCCAUUACCUCCCUCCUGGCCCAGCAGCAGAAGCGAGCAGAAGAAGGCACCUCCCUGCUGCAGGUGUUCCUGAGGAGGCAGGCGGGGCAGGCCAAGGAGGAGCAGGUGCGUCGCAGCAGAGCGGAGGCCCGGGGGAGGAGGCGCGAGAGGAGGGAGGCGCGCAUGGCAGAGUCCCUGGGUAGGAUGGCCACGGCUCUGGAGCUGCUCUCCUCCAAACAGGACACAGUCAUUGCCCUGCUGCAGAGACUGGCCGAGAGAGACAGGAAGUGACAGCCAUCACCCUGCUGCAGGGUUGUCACUAGCUUCUAUAGCCACAAAGCCAUAAUUAUGGCUAAACCCCGCCUAUUUUUACUAUUUAUCUUCUUAAAAUUUGAUUUUAAACCUAACAUUAACCUUAUGCCUAACCCUAACCUUAAAUUAAGGACAAAAAGCUCAUUUUUGUUUUCAUGAAUUUCGACUUUGUGGCUAUAAAAUCUAGUGGAAACCAUGUUGCAGAGACUAGCUGAAGUGACACUGUAAUCGCCCUACUGCAGAGACUGGCCGAGAGAGAUGGGGAGGCUGACUCAGCAUGCGACCGAAGUGUCACUCUUUUUCCCUAUAUAUUGCACUACUUAUGAGCUAAAACACAGUAAAAACCCUGGUGUAAACCCACAGUAAAAACCCUGGUGUCCCAGGUCUAAAUCGGUCCCUGAUUAGAGGGGAAGAAUGAAAAUUAGCAGUGGAACUGGGUUCGAGGUCCAUAUUUGAAUUUGCCUAAUGUAAGGAAUAGGGUGCCAUUUUGGACUCAGAUAAUGUUAAUUGAUUGUGUUGUAAAAUGUACAAUGGAAUAACAAUUUUGAUUGAUAAAUGGUUUGUUAAUUAA